AAGCUCCACUUUGGGUAUUCCCAAUAAAGUGUUAAUGGCCGAGGCGUCUCUUCUUGCAUUAGCGAAUGUUAGAGUUUCCUUGAGUAGAGUGGCCUAAUCCCGCUCCUCGGUAUGCUGAAGCUACAGCGUUUUCUCCUGCUGACCGUCCCAUCCUGCGCGCCCAGCCAAGAUUUUCAGUCAUGAGUCUUUCAGACACGAGGACCGAUUUUAUACCAUGUAACAGAGAGGGUUUAAUGACUUGGAGAGAGUCUAACUUGGGAUUUCUGUCUAGUAAUGGAGGCUCCAUAUGAUGGUAGUGAAGUAACUGUAGUAAUGGAGGAGAUAGAAGGUACAUACACCUAUGCGUCUCCUGUGCCAUCUAAAAAGAAGAAAAAAUAUAGAAGUCCUGGAGAUCAAGGGGAAAAAGCUAAAAAACCCAGAUCUGCAUACCUUCUGUAUUACUAUGACAUAUACCUGAAAGUUCAACAGGAGCUCCCACAUCUUCCCCAGUCUGAAAUUAACAAGAAGAUCAGUGAAAGCUGGAGGCUGCUCAGUGUGGCUGAGAAAAGUUAUUAUUUGGAGAAGGCCAAAUUAGAGAAAGAAGGUUUAGACCCGAACUCGAAGUUGUCUUCCCUGACUGCUGUAGUUCCUGACAUUCCAGGUUUCCGGAAAAUCCUCCCUCGUUCAGAUUACAUAAUUAUUCCCAAAGGCACUCUACAGGAAGAGAAGAGUAAGCAGCACUUGGAACUCUGCGUGGCCCAGGGCCAGACAACAUCAGAAGGACUAACAGCUUCUGCUAAUGCCACGGGUGCUUCCCACAGUGCUGUGCAGAACAUCCUUUCUAUAGAAGCCCAUCAAAUUGGCAUUUCUGAGCAGUGUAUUGCCGUUGAAAGGGUUGCAGAAGACCCUGCCUCAUUUGUUCAGUCAGACACAAUAGAAGAAGUUGUUGCAUCAGAAAUCUUGUCUCACUAUGCCCAACCUACUGCACAUAAAGUAGCCGGGGAUGUCAUCUUGGAUGAAACUCCUUUGGAAGUAGGAGAUAACUAUCCAUAUCAAACAGCCAGCGUGGUUAUUGAAGAGACUUUGGUUAACAGCUCCUCAGACAACCCCAAUGGGGGUGUUAGUGUGGCACAACCACAGGUUUCAGAUGGCCUCUCUGUGGUAACAGUGGUGACCAGAAGAGACAGAGAAGAAUGUAAUUCUUCAACACCGACUGCACAGUUCAUUAUGCUACCUCUGCCAGCCCAUUCUGUUCUGGAAAAUCCGGCAUCAAUCAAACUGACAACUACUUACACUCGCAGAGGGCAUGGAAAUUGCUCCAAUCCUAGCUGCUCCUUCACUUAUGUGACCAGACACAAACCACCCAAAUGUCCUAUGUGUGGCAACUUCCUGGGAGGAAAAUGGAUUCCAAAGGAGAAGCAGAUGAAAGGCAAAUCAGAUCCAAAUUCGGGUGUGCCUAUAAAAACAUUGGGGCCCAAAAGAAGUCAGCCACCAUUAGCCUUAGGACAGACAAUGGUACAGGAUGUUGCAUCGAAAUGUACUCUAGAGAUCUCUGAAGCUGUCAGCCAGCUACUGAACACAGCUCCUGCUGGGGAGCAGAUGCAGGAGACUGAGUGGGAAGAAGUGAUAAUCUCCGAGGCUCACAUCCUUGCAAAUAACAUUCAGCCAGAGGAACAAGGGAGUGCUCCUGCAGUUAUUCAGCUUCAAGAGAGCUCUGCAUGCAUAGACUCUUCAUUAGAACAGAAGGAGAGGGAGAAUGAAGGGCUGGAGACCCCGACAUCCACUGAAACGAUGAAUUCUGCAAAUACGCUUUCAAACCCAGUGCCCGCAGUGAAACAAACAAUGGGAGGUGAUGGCCUUGGCACUGCACCCAAAGGUCAGGAGCAGAAAAGCAAAGCAAGACCCAAGCCAUCCUUGCUGGCGGCUGCAAGACCCAUGAGAGCAAUUUUGCCUGCACCUUUCGGCAUGGCGAGAGAAACCAAGACAGAGCAACCCAGUUGUCGGCAGUCAUUUCCAAAUAAUGAAAAAAAUUCCCUUGUAAGAAUCUCAGGACUGAAGCCCAAUACUUUGAAGCAGCUGGGCCAAUCUCCCCUGCCCACUGUAGAAGAACAUAAGCGUCAUGGCAACACAAACAGCUCAGCAUCUCAGGUCAAAGUGGUGGAGGUCAAGCCAGAUGUAUUCCCUUCUUACAAGUACAGCUGCACUGUAACCCUGGAUCUGGGGCUGGCAACGUCACGAGGUAAAGGGAAGUGUAAGAACCCUUCUUGCAGCUAUAUAUACACCAAUCGGCACAAGCCUCGGAUCUGUCCCAGCUGUGGCUACAAUCUUGCCAAAGACAGAACUGAAAAAACAGGGAAAGCCCUGGAGGCCGCCACUGGCCCCACAGAUGUAUUGAACACCAGUGACCCUUUAAUACCCUCCCAAAAAGAGAUCCAGCGCCAAUCUACGCUGCAGCUUCUACGCAAAGUAAUACAGAUCCCUGAGAAUGAAUCUGAGCUGGCUGAUGUAUUCGCACUGAUUCAUGAACUCAACAGCUCACGGCUCAUCCUGUCCAACAUGAAUGAGGAGACAGUUACCAUUGAGCAGACCUCUUGGUCGAACUACUACGAGUUUCCAUCCUCCCAGUGUCUUCUCUGUAGCAGCCCUUUAUUCAAAGGGGGCUUGAAUUCCCUUGCAGGCCCUCAGGAGUGUUGGUUGCUGACAGCUAACCGGCUGCAAGUGGUCACUGCUCAACUCAAAGUGUGUGUCAAUGUGCAAUGCUUGGCCCUCCAUAGCUUCAAUGAUAUAUACACAGGCUUGUUUAAUGUAGGUAACAAGCUUUUAGUGAGCCUGGAUCUUCUUUUCACUAUAAGAAAUCAUAUUAAACUUGGCGAAGAUCCUAAGGUGGCCAUCAGCAGUAUCUUGGAAUCUGUGCAGGAGCAGACUGAGAAAAAUCUGAACACUGAGGAGCUGAGUCAGCUUGAGGAGCUGCUGUGCAAUGGAUAUUGGGCCUUUGAAUGCCUCACUGUCCGGGACUAUAAUGAUAUGAUCUGCGGAAUCUGUGGCAUUGCACCCAAAGUUGAAAUAGCCCAGAGGAAUGUGGACAAUGUUUUGUCGCUGAAAAAUAUUGAGUUUACCUGGCCAGAGUUCUUGGCAUCUAGUGAAGUAAAUGUGGAAGAUUUCUGGUCUACUAUGGAGACUGAAGUGAUAGAGCAAGUAGCAUUUCCUUCCAGCAUCCCUAUCACAAAGUUUGAUGCCUCUAUCAUAGCCCCCUUCUUUCCACCGCUGAUGAGGAGCUCUGUGGUAGUCAACACAGAGAGAGAGAAGAACUUGGAAACACAUAUGAUGCCAGGCAGUGCAAGUGUUCUGGGGAGGCUGAUUCAGGAUGAAACUUGUAAAAUGGAGCAGAUUGGUUCUUACAGUGAGGAAGAGCUGCAGAAUUUCUUGACACAGUGCAGUAUUCCUUGGGAUGCAGGCGACUCAAAGGAGCAGCUCUGUCUUUCUCUGCUGGCUCUGUAUGAUUUUGUACAGAAUGGGACACAGAUCAAACAGCCCCUAGCACAUUUCACUGGAGGAAAAAUCUACAAAGUGUGUCCACAUCAGGUCAUGUGUGGCUCAAAAUACAUUGUGAGAGGGGAAAGUCCCCGGGACCAUGUGGAUCUCCUAGCCUCUUCACGCCACUGGCCACCAGUCUAUGUGGUAGACUUGGCCACUUCUGUGGCAUUGUGCGCAGACAUCUGCUACCCUGACUUGACUGCUCAGAUGUGGGGGAGGAACCAGGGAUGCUUCUCUGACCCCAUGGAGCCUUUAAGGUAUGUGUCCUGCCCAGAACUUCUUGACAGACAUUACAAUGUGGAUAUGACCAGUGCUGAACAUUCUAUUCAACACCCAGUCACCAAAUCUGCAUCCCGCCGAGUAGUUUAUACUGGGACAGAGCAGAACACUCAGAGGGACCCAACAGCUCGGCAUCGUGCCCUCUCCCUCUGCCGGGAACUAGAACCCUACAGUGCCAUCAUUACAGCCAUCAGCGAUAGCAAAACAAGUAACGUCCGCCAGAGGCCUAUCACCUUUGACAAUGCAACCCACUAUUACCUCUACAAUCGCCUGAUGGAUUUCCUCUCUAGCCGCGAGAUUGUGAACAGGCAAAUUCAUGAGAUUGUGCAGAGCUGCCAGCCUGGUGAGGUGGUGAUCCGAGAUACCUUAUAUCGUCUGGGCGUGGCCCAAAUCAAAACAGAAAUAGAGGAAGAUGUAGAAAACCAAGGAGAGGAUGGUAUUGCAUAACCUACUCUGAAGUCAUCUAGCCAUAGAGAUGAUUGUUAGGCCGUUGAAGCAUCUCUGCAGAUAGUUCAAGCAGUUUAUCACACAGAGGAGUUCCAGUGUGGAACAGCUUUGACAGCUUACAUAGUCCAAAGAGUCAUGUGCUUCCAUGAAAUCUGGAUUUACUCCUGUGAGAUUGAGAUCUGCAAAUGCCUUUCUAUAAAAAAGGCAGUCUUCCCUUCCAAGAUGUUGUUGAGAUCUGUAAACUAACCAGGACAGGUUGCUGUAAGGGAGAAAAGGAGGAUGUUUCAGGCACCUGUUUCAGGCAAGAGGUGGCAAUGGCUUUACAGAACUUGAACUGUUUUUGAAAUGUAUAUGUUGCAGUGUUUUGGGAUCAUAAGUGAAAGGGUAGGGGAUGAAAAAGAGCAGAGUUGUUUAUGGAUCCCUUAUACUGUAGUAUAAAUAUGGAAAUCAUAAUACAAUGAUGAGCCUGCUGUGUAGCCCUAGCUGCUACUGGGCUCUAGUUUGAAGAAACUUGAUCUUUAAUCCCCAUCAGUAUCAAGGAGUUAAGCAUGUAUCUGCUCCUUUGGCUAAUUUUUUCUCAUCCUGAGGAGCCUCUAAGCUUACUUGGGGGUUGAAAUCCAGAGUGAACCUGUUUAAAUGGACACAUACUUUAAGAUAGGCUUGUAAUUACCUUAGCUAGCAUGGUUUUAAAGGCUCUUCAGGGAUUUGUAUGCUUGGGAUGAUGAAACUAUACUGUUGGUCAGGAGGAGCUCUUCAGGCUUCUGCAAUCUAUUUUCAGGCACUUUAUUUUUUUAUAUCCUAUCUAUGGACUUCAUAGGUUGUCUUACAUUUAGGGACACCACAAAGAAUACUUGUACAACAGUGGUUGGAUUCAAGGAACGCAAUCUAACAAGACAUUUUUAUGACUUGCAUUCCUUACUAAAACUUGUUUGGGAGGAUACACACUUGACUGGACCUUCUGAAAGCCACUACGUACUCCCCAGUUCCAGUAUUAUAAAACUGUACUGGGUGAGUUUCAUAUUGUGUUCUGAACACCGUGUUCAGAAGAGACCAGCGUUUUUUCUUCCCAUUUAUAUGUUGAACCAUGGUGUGUAAACUAGUUGCAUUGUCCACUGAUUCCCUUUAGCUGCUCUUGGCCAUCUAUAAACCUGAGAAGUGAAAACAGACUUCUGCUGUAGCUGAAAGCAGGAAAUCUGGAGUGUGUACCUGUGUGUGAGGGUUCAAGUAUGUUUUAUUCAUUGAAUGAACAGAUUUGUGGUGUGCAGCUCCCUUCUGUGAAGGAUUCUAGUGUGUACUGUGUUGUAAAAACAUGUAUUGAAUUUAUGAACAAAGAUUAUGAUUUGCUCUUAAAAAUGCUAAUUUAUUAAAGACA